ACUGACCCCUUCAUUUUAAAACCCAAAGACACCACCUCUCUGGUUUUGUCUUCUUCUUCUUGGUGUUCCCAGUUUCAAAAGAGCAGGAAUCGCGAACCAUGGCAACUGCAAAAUCCACAUGUUUUGCCUGAAUUAUAUGGAGUCGCGCAGGCUUUCCAUUCUCUGUUCCCACCUCCUCCCCGGUUCGGGUCCUUCCCCGACCCGGCAAAUUCCCGUUUCCAGGUCCAUUUGUGGUGCUGGUUCGACCAACACUAACCAGCAGCCUAGUGACUCCGACCAAAACGACUGCGUUUUCUGCAAAAUCAUACGCGGAGAAUCACCUGCUUUCAAGAUUUACGAGGAUGAUAUUUGCCUCUGUAUAUUGGACACACAUCCGCUGAGUCGUGGGCAUUCUCUGAUCAUCCCAAAAUCUCAUUUUCCUUCCCUCAAAGCAACACCUCCAGCUGUGGUAGCUGCAAUGUGUUCAAAAGUACCCUUUAUCAGCAGUGCAAUCUUGAAAGCUACUGCUUCUGAUUCUUUCAACUUGUUGGUUAACAACGGUACAGCUGCAGGCCAAGUUAUAUUUCAUACUCAUAUUCACAUAAUUCCACGCAAGGCACUUGAUUGCCUUUGGGCUUCUGAGAGUUUACGGAGGCGACCCCUGAACAUAGACCAGGAAGCAUCUCGACUUGCAGACCGUGUUCGAGAGCAACUAUCAUUACCAGACAACUCUGGAGAUAGCAAAGACGAAGGAUCUAGUCUUACCGGAAACUAGAUACAUAUUGCAUCCGCUGUUGUAAUCUACACUGUACAAUCAUGUACCAUAUACGUUACUUCAAUUCUUCAAAUCUUUAGCCUACUGGGUUUCAUCUGUGUGACAAAGAACGAGCAACACCUGCUUUUACAGUUUUCGCCUUCCAAGCCCUCCCCUUCCGAGCCCUCCCCUUCCCAUUUGUAAUA